UGGGUCGCUUGACCCAUGCACAGGCCAGUGCAAACGAACGGCCUCUGCCUCCGGUCCUCCACCUCCACUGCUACCAAGUCUCCCAUUCGGCCACUCCUCCAGAUCGCCGGCCCCUCGCUCGGCUCGGCCAUGGCAGCCGGCUCCGCGCUGUCCCUCGUCGCGGCCGCCGUCUGCCUCGCCCUUGCCGUCCUCGCUCCCGCUGUCUCCGGAGAUGGUGCCACGUUGGAGUCAGUUCCAGACCUUGUGAAGGCAAUGUACCGAAACAUUGAAAGCUUCCCUUGUGUGAGGCUGCUGAAUCUUUCUGGUGAAAUUGGCUGUUCUAAUCCUGGAAGCGAAAAGAUCAUUGCACCUAUUGUAAGAUUCAAAAAAGGCAGCGAUCAUUUGGUUCAACCAUCCACUGUUCUUCUUCCCUUAGACCAGAUGUCAGAUUUCUUUCUGAGGGUAUCCAAUAAUCCAGAAUUUCACCAGAAAGUGUCUGGUGUACUGAUCGAGUCAAAUGGUGCCAAUAAUAACUUGCAAGAGUUGUCACCGGAUAGAAAAUUUCCACAAGAUGCUUUUGCACCCUACUCAAAUCGCAGCCAUGAUUGGAAUCCUGCUGGAUCAGGUAUUAUGUGGAACAGAUAUGACUUUCCUGUAUUUCUACUCUCAGAGGAGAGCACUCAGACUCUGCGAGAGGUUUCUGAAAAAAAUGAGAAGACUGACAAUGGAUAUAAAGCAAAUGUUGCAGAAUUCGACCUCAUUAUGCAGACAACUAAAGCUCAAACACAUGAUUCAGCAUCCUGCCUCAAAGAGCAUUCAUGCUUGCCCUUAGGAGGACACAGUGUAUGGGCUUCAUUACCGCCAAUUAAAAAUGGAUCUGCAGAGCAUCAGAAACCAAUAAUAUUGGCUAUCACAUCGCAAGACUCUGCAUCGUUUUUUCGGGACCGUAGCAUUGGUUCAGAUUCUCCCAUAUCUGGAUUGAUUGCCUUGCUCACUGCUGUCGAUGCUCUUUCUCACAUUCCUGAUCUAAGCAACCUUAAGAAACAGCUUGUGUUCGCUGUUUUUAAUGGUGAAGCCUGGGGUUAUCUUGGUAGCCGGAGAUUCUUACAUGAGUUAGAUGAAGGUGCUCAUUCUGUGAAUGGAAUUAACAGUUUAAUGAUUGACCAGGUACUGGAGAUUGGUUCUGUUGGCCAGGCUGUGAUUGAGGAGUAUCCAUCAUUUUAUGCACAUGCUGCAGGGAAUUCAUCAGCUUCAAAGAAAAUAUUAGAUGCACUGCAAAGUGCCAGCAAAUCACUUGGUUCUGAUAAUGUUAAAGUAAAGCAAGCAGCUUCAUCAAAUCCUGGGGUUCCACCAUCCUCAUUAAUGUCGUUCAUAAGAAAGAAUAUGUCAACCUCUGGAGUUGUGUUGGAGGACUUUGAUUCCCACUUUUCCAAUAGAUUCUAUCAUAGCCAUUUGGAUAACCCUGCAAACAUCAAUUCUUCAUCAAUAGCAGCAGCUGCUGCUUUAGCUGCCAGGUCGCUGUAUAUUCUUGCUAGUGCUGACUCAGUUGUCGAUCUCAUGACACUGAACACUAUAAAAGUGAAUGUUUCAUUGGUCAAAGAACUUGUUGGAUGUCUACUUAGUUGCAAUCCUGGUUUUUCUUGUGACCUCGUGAAAAGCUUCAUUUCUCCAAGCAGCAGUUCCUGCCCAAGUCACUAUGUUGGUGUUUUUCUGGAUGACCCUUCCGGCACACAGUUUCCUUCAUAUGCAGAUGACACCUCUCGGUUUGUAUGGAACUUCUUGGCAGACAGAACUUCUACUUCAGUGGGCAAUAAAAGCUCUUGUACUGGAAAGUGUGGUGAUGAAGGUGAAGUAUGCAUAAGGGCAGAGGUGGAGGGUGGAGGUAGAUGUGUUGUAUCUACAACCAGGUAUGUUCCUGCGUAUUCGACACGGGUGAAGUUUGAGGACAAUGCAUGGCACGUACUUCCAGCAAACUCGUCAGAUCCAAUGGGCGUCGUGGAUCCUGUGUGGACCGAAAGCUACUGGAACACAAUUGGCCUCAGGGUCUACGCAGUGCAAGAUUCAACAUACGAUUGGCUUAUCCUCCUUGCCGGGCUCAGUGUCACUACCGCUUCCUACUGCGCCGUGCACGUUGGCAGAGCAUACAUUUCGAAGGUCGUCAAGCGGGACUGAAGCAUUAUUGACCUGCUCCACUGACUCUGGGUACCCCGGUCUAUAUGUUCUGGGAUUUUGAUCUGGACAAUACAACUGAUUGAGUUGGCAAUUUGUAGAACAUUAGCUACACAUCAGCACAUGUGAUAGGGUGAUUGAACUGCCGAGAAGCCGCAAGGAAUUAUGGAGCCGUCCAGCUAAGGAGCCCUUGUCCUGGGCUGUUGUGAUGUGAAAAGGUGCCCCAGAUACGCUUGGCACUGAACAGGUUGGUAGAUUAUCAUACGCCUCUGUCUCGAGGUGGAUGUUUCCAGGAACGUGUGCUUUUUCUGGGUUUGUGGAUCAUUGGGUGAAUGCUACGUAUCCAGUUUUGGUUGCGUUUGCCUGUCCCUCACGACUCUUAUGGAUUUGCACACGCCAAUUAUUAUACUGGUAGUCUGGUACUCGCA